GAGGGUCCGAGCAACAUGGUACGAAUUAUACUUUUGAAAAUUAUUGAUCAAUAUCCUUUACUUAUUGUUAUUAAACAUUCAUUAGGUCCGUCUGCACAAGUCCCGACGCAGCCUCGCAGAUUGAGCCCUGUACGUCCACAGUCAGAUUACUUCGGUGACGAGGCCGGUCCGUCUUCAGCGGCCCCACACCCUACCCCCCCCCCCACAACGUACUACGGCACGUCAGCGUGGCCUUCUUCUGCUGCACCGUCGUACCACGCAGGCCCCUCCAGCCAGUACACAUGGACGCCUGCCGAGCCUUCACAGUCCUCCUACCCUAGUCAGGAGGAUGAGGCUGGCCCCGACACCGCAUACGACAUCGUCCGUGACUUCUUCGGGGGCACACCUGACUACGACGUCCUUCAGCGGUCCCAGGUUUCCAGUGCACCGCUUCGGACCCAGCCCACGCAUGACGACCCUCGACACCGGUGGUCCCUACUAGGCCUAGCAGACACGUCGGCCCACCUGACCCCCUCACCUACUCCAGGGGUCACGUGAGGGUUAACCAGCGGCAUCGGGACCACGAUGGGGCGCACGGACGACGGCAACGAGGGAGGCAUGAGUAGCAUUUUACAUUUUUUGUAACUAACAUAUGCGUAUUCGCUUCGUGAUGUGCUCAUAUGUAUUAAGACACGUUCACUUUGUAU